GAAUAAUCAAAAAGAUCUUUCGUCUUCCCUGAGACGGCGAGACCAACACGAAACCGACGAUAGGAACGCCGGUGAACGAAGCAAUGCUUGGGCUUUCUUACGGUGAGCUCUUACUCAUCGUCGGCGCCACAGCUGCUCUUGUAGGACCCAAGGAUCUUCCGAUUAUUGCUAGAGCAGGAGGAAGAUUAUUCGGACGAGCCAUUGGUUACAUCAAUAUGGCUCGUGGUCACUUGGAUGGUGUCAUGAAACAACCUCAGAUGCAAGAGAUAUCGAAAGAAGUUCAAGAUUUACGAGCACAAGUAGAUGCGAUUAGCCAUGGAGCAAGAUUUUCUCUAUUUGAUUCUAGUCCUUUGACUCGAAGAGUGGAUAACCAAAAAACUCAAGAACCUAGUCCAAGCACCACCAAUGGGAUUGUUACAUCCGUUAAUGUUGAAGAAAAACAGAAGCCUGUAGAUCAUUAUACAAAGGCUCAAGAAUUUAGUGGCUCGUCGUCAGCUUCUGUUAACCUGCACGCUCAAGCAACAUCAUUUGCACGAUUAUCUGAGACAGUCAAUGGAAAAACUCACAGUCUAAACAGUGAUUCACCUGUUCUUCCAGUAUCAGCUGAGAUGGCAAAGUUGCUUCCUCAACGCAAAGAGAGUGCAAGAGGAUCUGAUUUAAUGUUAGAGGCGGUUCUUGAAGCGGAAGUAGCACACAAGGCGAAAAGCUUUUUCGCACAAGCCGAGAAAGAAACUCCAGCUUUGAAAGGGAAGUUUUUCAGUGACAGGAAAGGAGAAAAUUGAACUCAAAAGUUUUGGGGACCAUCAUCGAUCACAAGACACCGGCAAGGUACAAAAGAGUAGGCCUUGUUAUUUAACUGUUUUUUUUUUUAUGUUCGAUGAGCCAAGAAUCUGAGGGACCUUUGUUUCUGAUGCGGCAACAAGUGAGCUAAACUUGGAGCGAAGUCAGUUCACUCUUUCAUCUUGUAAUUAAUGCUUCCGCUUUAUAGGUUUAGGUUUUGUUGUUUACUUCGGAGGUUUAGUGUGAGUUGGAUUUGCAUAGAGUUGGUUGGGUUUUUUUAAAGAGUAGAGAUCUAUUAAAUUUUAUAAAAUUUUGUGUAUUUUUACAAGUGUAGUUAUAAAAAUCCAAUGGACAUCCAUGGUUUUCUCAAAGUUUUCCUUUAUAAAAGAAAAUUAAGGUUAUGAUUAAGUUGUAUCAAGACUAUAUAAGGGUCUCUAUUGAUUCAUAACCACUAAGAGAGAGUUGGGUUAAAGGGAAGCUUUUGCUUAAUUAACA